UGCAGUCCCGGAGAGGAGAAUGGGCUGUGGGGGGAGCAGGGCUGAUGCCAUUGAGCCCCGUUAUUAUGAAAGCUGGACACGAGAGACCGAGUCCACCUGGCUGACCAGCACUGAUACCGAGCUUCCCCAAGCAGGACUGGGGCAACAAUGCAAGGAGGACCACAGUGCUGGAGAGACUGGUGUAAGAGACAAAAGAGGACCCAGUCACCCUGGUAUUAUAGAAGACGGAAAGUCAACACAAACCUGUGUUACGGUGUCAUGUUCUGGUAAAGAAGGGCUGAAGAAAACUAAUUCAGGGACCCAGUGUGGAAAACCAACAGUCUAUUCUACCGGAAGCAAAGGCCAGAAGCAAAAGAGUGUGUGCAGGUCUUCAGAGCCAAAACGGGAGAGCAAAAGGAUGUCAAAGAAAGAAGUCACUAUCAAUGUAUCAAAAAGCAUAAAGCCAAUGGAUAGCGACGGGCGAAUCACCGAAAAUUGUGUCAACUAAAAAGGAUCCAAACAAGCUCUGAACGGUGGAAAUCAUUUGUGCACUUUAAUUCACAAAUCAAAUGCCACAGGGAAGUGAAGAGGCUGGAAGAUUAUACAUUUAAAAUUUUGAAUAUUUUCGGUUUAAUCCAGCAGGCAUCUGGAGUGGCGAAGAAAUUAGUAAAACAUGCAAAAAGAAACAAUGAUGUGAUUUAGAAUCGUGUGCCUUGACAGAUUUUGACUUACCUGAUGGAAAUAAGGUUACAUGACAAUUGACAUGUAGAAUAUUUCUUUAUUGAUAUAUUGGCACCGAACUUCAUUCAGUAAAGGAUUGUCCUAGGUAGCAAGCCUACAGUUUUGGGUA